CGAGUGCAGUAAAAAAUUGGCAGUCCGGGAGCGUUCGAGCGCGUGUCAGACUCCCUUAUGAUGGGGAGCAAUUGCUUUGAACUUUGCGCAGGAUUUAAACACCCACUUGUGCUGCAUAUAGUUGUUAUGCAUGCCUUUUAAUCUGAUGCAGAGAGUGCUUGUGCGCACUUUGAUGGAGUGGAUGGGUGCUGAUGGUGAUAGAAGCUCCAACAUCGAAUUUCUGCAGGAGAUUCAUGCAGAGGGUGAAGGGAAGAGUGUCGGCAGUUAGUGUUUCACUCUGCACCAAGAAGUUAUUUGGAUUCACGCAGACCACAUUGAGGCAUGUCCGUCGGAUUUAGGCGUCCUACAGGGAGAGAGGGAAGCAAGGAUGGAAGCAUGGACUCAAAACCUAGAACAGUGCACAGGACUCUAACCCACUGAAAACAGCUUGAUAGAGCUGGACAACCAAAGUUUUCAAGAUAUCAUUGUUGCUGUUGACAUGUGCCAGCUGGCAUCGUCUGUUCCUCUCUUGCCCUUCUUUAUUCAGGAGAACCGAUGCCCAAAUGGUUUUCCCGUCCAAGCAUGGUCCACUUCAGCUCUCCCUGACCAUUUCAUGGGCCACAGACACACUCAAGCUCCCAAGACUGCUGCUUGACUCAAUCCCAUUGUAUACCUCACUCCCCCACCCUGACCCCUAACCUCCACUCCACGGCACUUUGCUCUCCUGUCUCACUUUGCAGAGUCUCUCACAUUCUGCUGGACCAAACCCUCCCUGAGCCCAACAUGGUGUCCUGCAUUCCUGCUCUGGUUCUGGUAAUGAUGUGUCAAAGCACCUUGCUCUCAGACCCACCGCCAUCACGCCGUGAGAUCCGCAUCGAGGGCGACCUGGUCCUCGGCGGUUUGUUCCCUGUGCAUGAAAAAGGAGCCGGAAUGGAGGAGUGUGGUCGGGUGAAUGAGGAUCGAGGCAUCCAGAGGCUGGAGGCCAUGCUGUUUGCCAUAGACAGGAUCAACACAGACAACUCUUUGCUGCCAGGAGUCACCCUCGGGGUCCACAUCCUCGAUACUUGCUCCAAAGAUACUUACGCACUGGAGCAGGCUCUGGAGUUUGUAAGAGCGUCUCUUACCAAGGUGGAUGACACCGAGUUCAUCUGUCCAGAUGGAUCUUAUGCCCUGCAAGAGGACAGCCCACUCGCCAUCGCGGGAGUCAUUGGAGGAUCUUUUAGCAGUGUCUCUAUACAGGUUGCCAAUCUUCUCAGGCUCUUCCAGAUCCCUCAGAUAAGCUACGCUUCAACGAGUGCUAAGCUCAGUGAUAAGACACGCUACGACUACUUUUCCCGCACUGUACCCCCUGACUUUUACCAAGCUAAAGCCAUGGCUGAGAUCCUCCGGUUCUUCAACUGGACAUACGUUUCUACCGUGGCAUCAGAGGGGGAUUAUGGUGAAACUGGUAUAGAGGCCUUUGAGCAGGAAGCACGUAUGCGAAACAUCUGCAUUGCCACUUCAGAGAAGGUUGGGCGUUCCAAUGCCAAGAAGUCCUACGAGGCCGUGAUCCGUCAGCUUCUCCAGAAGCCCAACGCUCGUGUGGCAGUCCUUUUCCUCCGCAGUGAUGAUGCCAGGGAGCUGCUGGCAGCAGCCGCCAGACUUAACACCUCUUUCAUAUGGGUGGCCAGCGAUGGCUGGGGUGCUCAGGAAAGCAUUGUCAAGGGGAAUGAGGUCACCGCUGAAGGAGCUAUCACACUCGAACUGGUCGCCAACCCCUUACCAGAAUUCAACCGCUACUUCCUCAGUCUGAACCCUGUCAGAAACCAUAGGAAUCCUUGGUAUAAAGAAUUCUGGGAGCAGAGGUUCCAGUGUUCCUUGGGUGGAAGUUCAGGACACGGAGAGACGUCACACAUGCCACCGUGUGACCAGAACUUGUCAAUUGACAAAAAUCAUUUUGAGCCAGAGUCCAAGAUCAUGUUCGUGGUUAACGCGGUGUAUGCCAUGGCUCAUGCUCUUCACAAUAUGCAGCGGAGUCUAUGUUUCAACACCAGCAAGCUGUGUGACGGCAUGAAGCCCUUGGAUGGUCGCAAACUCUACAGGGAUUACAUCCUUAAUGUCAGCUUCCCAGCCCCUUUCUCUCCGUCAGGUAGUGAGACGGUGGUGAAGUUUGAUACCCAGGGCGACGGCAUGGGCAGAUACAACAUUUUCAGCUACCAGCGCUCCAGUGAGCGUUACGGUUAUGUGCCAGUAGGUGAAUGGGCGGAGACUCUGACUCUGAACAGUGAUUUGAUUCACUGGCCCAGAGAAGUGGUGCCCACCUCACAGUGCAGCGACCCCUGUGAGCGCAAUGAGAUGAAGAAAAUGCAGGCAGGCGAGUAUUGCUGCUGGAUCUGUACAGCCUGUGAAGCCCAUGAAUAUCUGGCAGAUGAGUUCACCUGCGCGCCCUGUGCUCCUGGUCAGUGGCCGACUGAUGACCUAACGUCCUGUUAUGACCUUCCCGAGGACUACAUAAUGUGGGAGGAUGCUUGGGCCAUCGGUCCAAUUACCAUCGCAUGUGUUGGGUUCAUGUGCACUGGUCUGGUCAUUUGGGUGUUUAUCAGACACAACAACACACCGCUGGUGAAAGCUUCAGGCAGGGAGUUGUGCUACAUACUCCUCUCAGGAGUCUUUAUGUCAUACGCCAUGACUUUCCUCUUUUUGGCCAAACCGUCCCCUGCCAUCUGUGCUCUGCGGCGCCUUGGUCUGGGAACAUCCUUCGCCGUGUGCUACUCUGCCCUCCUUACCAAAACCAACAGAAUUGCGAGGAUUUUUAAUGGUGUGAAGGAAGGAGCGGGUGCAGUGAGACCACGCUUCAUUAGUCCAUUCUCUCAGGUGUUCAUCUGCCUGAGUUUGAUCUCUGUCCAGUUAGUGAUGGUCACAGUGUGGCUUCUGCUGGAGGUCCCGGGGACAAGACGCUUCACUUUGCCAGAACGAAGACAGACUGUCAUCCUCAAAUGUAAUGUACGGGAUUCUAGUAUGCUGCUGUCACUGGGAUACGACGUGCUCCUGGUUAUCUUGUGUACUGUGUAUGCCUUUAAGACCAGGAAGUGCCCCGAGAACUUCAAUGAAGCCAAGUUUAUUGGAUUCACCAUGUAUACAACUUGCAUCAUUUGGCUGGCCUUCCUCCCCAUCUUCUAUGUCACAUCCAGUGAUUACAGGGUUCAGACAACCACCAUGUGUAUCUCAGUCAGCCUGAGUGGCUUUGUGGUGCUCGGCUGCAUGUUUGCUCCCAAGGUUCACAUCAUUAUGUUUCAGCCCCAGAAGAAUGUGACCAGCCACAGGCUUAACCUCAACCGCUUUAGCGUCAGUGGAGCUGCUGCAACGUACGCAUCUCAUGCUUCUGUCAGCGCUCACUUCGUCCCAGCUGUGUGUAACGGGAGAGAAAUAGUGGACUCCACCACCUCAUCUCUGUGACCACAUCCAGUCCGCUCUAUACCUGCCCCCCCCCCACCCCCCGCGCGACUGUUAUCACGGUGACAAACAUUACACCAUCCAGCAUCCAGCUCCAUUUCUCCACCCAAAAACAAACACAUGCACUCACCAAGACAUGCACACCUACACGCACAAACACCCUUCUGAAAGACUGUAACUCUGUCGUUUCACAAAUGUAGAAAGUGUGUAACUAUAAUUAAAUUAUUUUCUAGGGAUGUACAUACAUGAAAUCGACAUUGUUGUACGUAGAGAAACAAAAGAACAAAAAAAAGUUUUUAGGAGGAAUUUUUUGGAGCCUUUGUUUUUGAUAGCUUUGUUAUGAUGCUGUGUAAAUAGACAUUGCACUCAAUCAUGGUAGGAGGGCUGUGUCUCUCAGUCUGGAUGUAUAUCUGUGGCUCGGCUUGCCUCACCUGCAAUACUCACUGACUUUUUAUUCUCAUGCCUUUUUUAGUUUUCAUUGUAAUUACAAUUCUGUACGUAUUCUCAAUGUUUAUCUGUACAUUUGUAUAUAAUAUUACUGAUGGUUCAAAGAGCACAAUGUUAAAGUUCUUGUAACCCUAAACUGAAUGUGGACAUAAACUGGACAGGCUAAAACAGCUGGGAUGGACUAAAAAACAGGGGGAAAGCAAAUUUUAAAAAAAAGAUAGAAAGAUGCUUACUUUGAAUUCACACAUCCUUUCACAUUUAUAGAUGCACAUUGCAUCCAGGAUUUGUAUACUGACCUACUGUAGCUGUUUUAGCGGGAAAUCAUGUUUUUGCUUUUGAUACAAAUGUUCAUUUUCUUGAUGCUAAUAAUGGAAUCCCUUUAUCUGUUUGGCCAUUGUUUGUGUUGAGCAAAGCAGUAGAAUCUCACUCCCACUCUUUGAGUGCUGCUUCACUGAAAUACUGCAGUGAUGUGUCCCCAAUAAUUAUUAAUAGCUGGAAUAAGAAAAUACAGUUUAGCAAAUGCAUUCUUUUUUUUCAUCCUCAAUAGAGUCAACAACAGUUCUGUCAACAACAAUGUCUUACCCAGUAAUUAUGAACCCUCAGCCCACAUGUAACACUAAUGGAAGGAGACGACCUGCUUUGCUGAACAUAUAUUGUUCCACCUAAAGGAAAGUAGUAGCUUACAUUUUGGGGGCCCGUUAAAUGCAGUAUGUGUUGAUGUUUCAAAUAUGGCCAUGUGCCUUAAUGUAUGUUAAACAAGAAGAUGUUUUACUUUAGCAAGUCUACAUUGGGUUAAAGGCCCUCUGUUUAGAGCACAGCUCAAAGGUAUGCCAGUUGGUUUUAUUACACAUUCAGCCUUUUGGCAUCAAUUAUUUCACUGAAUGGAACUGAGACAGAGAAAUCCCUUACCUGACUCCUCCCACUGCCUCCUUUCUCCAGUGACAACAGGGAUGUUUUUGAACACACCCAUCCGACCAGUUUUACUUUGUACACUCACGGAAAAGAAGGGAGAGGAGGAGAGAUAUUUGGACAGAAGUUGUCUACUUACUGGAGUGUGCAGUUUACAUGCCUGUGUUAAAUGUGUUGACGUUGCGAGGCACAGUGGAGCAGCUGGCUUUUGCAGCCCCAGAGAGGCUCAUGAGGGGACGCAAAGCACACGAUGUCAGCUGCUGGCAGAUCCCAGCUAACAAAAGAAGGCAGUGUGGUUAUUGAUAGCAAAAAAAAAAAAAAAUAAGUGUCUCUAUUUCUGAAAAAAAUAAUAAUAAAUGAACGGAGGCACUAUAAAGUUGUCUGAAUUAGAAAAGUAAUUUAGUACAUUUUUAAAAGUUGUGUGUAGGAUAACAGGAGUUUGUUACAGAAUUUAUCAGAAAUGUUUACAUGUAAGAUGUAAAAUAAAGUCUGACUGUUACAUCUAAUGUUUUCAAAAAAAAAUUUGGAAUCACUUUUUUUUACUCGAAGCAUCAGUCUGCUCUGUCCAUGAUAAAAAUCGAUGAGGUCAGAACUGUCGUCUCUUGACAGGUCAACCUCGGUGCAUAUGCCCAGUCUGUGAUCACUGCUGAAUGAUAGAUUGGAAGACCUUCAGAAGAUGUGUCAAGAUGAGCCGACCUACAUUUGGGGCCGUGAGGUGCAGAGAGCAGCAGGAGAGAUGUGGCAUAGCGGAGGGAUGCUGCCGCUGGAUUAUGUAAAGCGCUCCCACAGCUCUGAAGUCGCAGCGCUUCUGUGGAAGCUCAAAGCAUCUCAGAGAUUCACAGCCUUUGUUAGAAGAGGGCUUAGCCAUUCAGUCAGUGGUCCUGCUCCCACAAGAUACACCCUGCAUGGUAGGUUGCUAUGGACAACCCCCAUCACCACAUCCGCUGCUGGAAGGACUAUUUGUCUGUGUGAAGAGGAGGAAGUAGGGUUAGAGGAGGGCUGAGGAGCAGUCAAGAAAAGUUGAGCAGAAAGAGUUUUUCUGUGCUGAUUUAAAUUGGCAGUGACUGAUGAGAUUUGGCUCUGCGAGCCCUGUACUUGCAGGUUUUAAUGGCCACAUAAACAGAGCACUUAACCCCGAUUCUCUGCUAAUUUAGUCCAGAGACAAGUCUCGGACAACAGUCUCACACUUUUCCUCUGACCCCCUCUCACACAAUCCGUCUCACCUCGUCAACCUUUCCCUCGCCGCCUUUGUGCGCCUCAUCUCCACGCUGUGUGUGAAACUUGCUCUGCAAAUGGUCUCAGCCAAGACCACCUAAGCCAGAGCAACAGACUGGCAGCUUUGAGCCGGGGCACUUGGAUCUAGGAGACCACUUCUGCACAUGUCAUCAGGGCUGCCCCGAGGAGGUUGGAGAGAGGAUAAAAGGAUGUCAGACAAAGAAUCUGGGGACUGAAUGAGGCAUUUAAAUUGGAAUUCAGUUAUAAAGAAAUUGCAUCAAUCCAAAACUCAUUAAAUUUCUGAAUUUAUCAUCUCAUCUGGCCAAAAAGAAAAAAACGCUAAAUAGAAACUUCUUUAAUUGGCUUUACUUGUGAAUAUCCUUUUCAAGUAGGCAUUCACGGUGGGCGUCUUCCUCUAUUCAGGCUCUGCCAACUGCCAUGUGCUCUACAAAGAUUUCUGUGCUGUAGCCUCUUCUGUGUGACAGAAUGUGUUCUUGGCCUUUGGGCUUUGAAAUGACUCUGGAUCUCUGAAAGCGAUAUGAAGCCGAUGUUGGUUCUGAUCUCUAGAGCUGACCAGUCACCAAGCAAUAGUCCUGUGUUUAUGAUAUGUGCAAUAAUGAGGCUGUGAUGACAUUCUAAUAAAGAAAACGAAGCAAAUAGA